GUGUUGAUGUCCGGGAGUACGCGGUUGGUGAUUGGUUGAGCUCCGGUUGGCGGAGGAUUUGAAUGUAUAUCGACUUGCUGGGCGGUUGGAGUGCGAGUUGAAGGCAGAAAUAAGGUGUGGAGAUAAAAUAAGUCCUGAGUGAGUUGCACGUCUGUGGAAACAACGGCAACGGGAGUAACUUGAAGAAUGGUGAGAGAAGAAGAAAAGGUUAUUCCAGUACGUGUGGCCUUGCGCUGUCGUCCGCUUGUACGUAAAGAAAUUGAAGAAGGAUGUCAGAUGUGCUUAACCUUUACCCCAGGAGAGCCACAGGUACUUUUAGGAAUUGACAAGUGUUUUUCAUAUGACUAUGUCUUCGAUCCCUGUGCAGAGCAAGAAGAAGUGUUUAAUGUCACAGUUGAUCCCCUCAUUCAGGGAAUAUUCAAAGGAUACAAUGCUACAGUAUUGGCAUAUGGACAGACUGGCUCUGGAAAGACCUAUUCAAUGGGUGGCACAUACACGUCUGGGCAGGAGGGAGAUCCAAGUGUUGGUGUCAUUCCAAGAGUAAUAAAUAUGCUCUUUAAGAUAAUUGAAAGAAAUUUGGAAAAUGACUUUGCAUUAAAGGUCUCCUAUCUAGAGAUCUACAAUGAGGAGAUUCUAGAUCUUUUGGAUUCAUCUCGGGAGAAAUCACAGAUCCACAUUAGAGAAGAUCCCAAAGAAGGAAUAAAGAUUGUAGGACUAAUAGAAAAGAAAGUAAACACUGCAAUGGAUAUGGUGGGUUGCCUGGAACAAGGGAAUUCUACAAGAACAGUCGCUGCAACAGCUAUGAACUCCCAGUCAUCUAGAUCGCAUGCCAUCUUCACUAUUACUGUUGAGCAGAGAAAGAAAAGUGAUAAAAACUAUUACAUCCGUUCCAAAUUGCAUCUGGUAGACCUGGCAGGGUCAGAGCGCCAAAAGAAAACCAAAGCAGAAGGUGACCGCCUCAAGGAAGGGAUUAACAUCAACCGUGGAUUGUUGUCCCUUGGCAAUGUCAUCAGUGCGCUUGGAGAUGAGAAUAAUCGCAAGGGCUUUGUACCAUAUCGUGACUCAAAACUAACACGAUUGCUUCAAGACUCACUUGGUGGAAACAGUCACACAUUGAUGAUAGCUUGCGUCAGUCCUGCUGAUUCUAAUCUUGAGGAGACGCUAAAUACUCUUCGUUACGCUGAUAGAGCAAGGAAGAUAAAAAAUAAGCCUGUGGUUAACUUUGAUCCCCAGGCUGCUGAACUGCAACGUCUUAAGCAACAGGUGCAGGAACUUCAAGUGCUGUUGCUACAAGCACAUGGAGGAACAGUUCAAAUGAGUAAUGGAGUGGAUGAAUCUGAGAAACGACAAUCUGUAAUGGAAGCAGCAAGAUUACAAAGGGAGGAAGUAGAAAAUCUGAGCAAAGAGCUUCGUGAAGCUGUUGGCCAGACAACACAGAUGUGUGAAAGAGUUAUAGUGAUGGAACAGGUGAAUGAGAAGCUGAUGUCCAAGCUGAGUGAACUUUCGAAGCAUGCUGUGUGCAAGCUGGACUUGGACAAACUAAUUGAAAUCUCACCCAGCGAAGAAGCCAAAGAGCAAAUUGAUGCCCUACGUGGCUUGCAGCAAAUGAUCACCGAUUUGGAGAAUGAAUGUAUUGAAAUUGUACCUGAAUUGGAAGGAAUUGAUGUAGAACAUCAGGGGGAAGAAAAUAUAGAUGAGAAUGGAGCCUUAAAAGAAAAGAGGGACUCUGAUCCUUUCGUGGCCAGUCAUGCACUGAGACAUGCACAAAUGUCAAAAGAGCUGAUAGAGCUGAAUAAAGUACUGGCACUUAAAGAAGAACUGGCUCGGAAACUGUCUCAGGGUGACUGUGAAAUGGAGCCUGUCCAUGCUGUGUACCAGGAGAGCAUCAAAUCACUUGAGAGUGAAGUUUCUGCCCUACAAAAAGAAAAAGAAGAGCUAGUACUGGCACUACAUAGUGCAAAGAAGGAUGCCAAUGCAACCAAAGUUAGUGAACGUAGAAGGAAACGUCUUCAAGAGUUGGAAACUGAAAUGGCAAACCUUAAAAAGAAGCUGAUGGAACAGUCAAAAAUCCUUAAAAUCAAGGAAAAGACAGAAGGAACUGUUAACAAACUGAACCAAGAGAUACAGGCACUAAAGUGUCAGCGAGUUCAGCUGAUGCGACAUAUGAAAGAGGAAGCUGAGAAGUCUCGUAGAUGGAAAGCAGAAAAAGACAAGGAAGUUCUGCAGCUAAAGGAGAAGGAUCGAAAAAGACAGUAUGAGCUGCUGAAACUAGAACGGAACUACAAACAGCAAGCAAAUAUACUAAGGCGAAAGACUGAGGAAGCUGCUGCUGCAAACAAGCGUUUGCGUGAUGCAUUACAGAAACAGAAGGAUGCUUCUGAAAAACGCAAAGAAUUGAACCGUGGAAUGGAAGGGACUGCUGCUAGAGUUAAGAAUUGGCUGGUCAAUGAACUGGAGGUACUUGUAAGUAUAGAGGAGGCUCGUCAUCACCUGAACUCUUUACUGGAUGAUAGGAAAGUUUUGGCACAGGAGCUUGUCUUUCUCAAAGAGAAGAAAGAGGCCCAUCAUCCACCACCAAAACUUCGGAGGCGAACUUUUACAUUGACUGAGUUAAUGAAAAACACAGAACAGGAUCCAUCUUUAAACAAGCAGAUUGAAAGUGUGGAAACAGAAAUAGAACUCAGGAGUGCUCAAAUUGCUGAUCUCCAACAAAAGUUAAUGGAUGCAGACAAUGAAGAGAGGCUAAAGCAUCGAUGGGAUUCAAUUGCCACGAUUGUGGAAGCAAAGUGUGGAUUAAAGUGGCUGAUGAAAGAGUUGGUAUCAUGUAAAGUAUCACAUAGUAAAAUGAGCAGUGUACUGAACCAGACAAAAGCUGAUGGUGCAGAGCUACAAAAGAAUUUAAUCGAAGAACAAAACCACAUAGCUGAGAUGGAAACUGAGCAUCAGCAACAGCUGCUGGAGCAAGAACAGCGACACCAGGAGAAGGUCUUCUAUCUGCUUAGCCAAUUGCCUCAAAACUCCAAUGUGACAAUGGGUUCCUUUCAUGAUCAAGAAGCCCAACUUCUGGAGAGGCUUAAGUUCCAAGAUGAAGAGAUCAAGAAGAUGAAAGAGUUAUGUGAACGGAAUCAGCAGCUGAUGGAAGAGAAUGAAUUGUAUAAGCAAAAACUGAACCUCCUUCAGUACACAACUGGUAACGUAGUUGGUAGUAGCCUAAUGGAAGUGCCUUCAGGUUCUCCAUUUGAGUAUGUCCCUCCCAAGCCAAAAAACAGGAGGAAGACGUCUGCAAAACCAAACAUGAUGACUCCACGUGUAACUCUGGAAGAGCUAUUAUCUGACUCUGACUCUGAUGAUGAUUCUCGGGAUGAUGAUGAUUGGAUCCCUAAUAAAAUCAAAGGAAAUAAAAAAGCAAGUUCAGGGUGUUCCUGCAAAGGUCGGUGUGCCAACAAGCAAUGCAAAUGUAGGAAGAAUAAGUUGGAUUGUGGAGAUCACUGCAAGUGCAUUACCAAUCAGUGUCACAAUCGUCUUAAUAUGACUCAGGAUGUGUUCAAUGAAAAUGAAUUAGAUGGAUCUUUUAAACUGGAUGAUCCUACUGAAUCAGAGUCUCACUUCUUUGAGCCACUCAGUGUCAGUUCUGCUGAUAAGGUUCUGACUGACAUCACUGAUCUUGGGCAAACAAAGCUGAAGUUAAUUCGUAAACCACUUAAGGAGAAUGAAGAUUUGAACAGCACAUUCACCAAAAAGAAAAAGAAAACACUGUCAAACUGUACCACCAGUUUCUUUACUGGAUAUGCUUCAAUACCUGAAGAUCUGGAAUAAAUGAGUGGUGUCUCCUUCUGUGAAUAUGUUCUUAACCUACUUUUGCUUUCUGUGGCUCGAUCAUUCCAAGAACAUUAAUUAAUUUGUUCAAAUGACAACUUGUAGUGUACACAAUUCUUUCUACUUUCUUCUGUACUCUUUUCUGUGUGUGUGUGUGUGUGUGCGUAUAUGUGUGAGAGGGAGAGUAUGUGUGGUGUUUUAAUAGUUCAACUUAUCAGUUAUUCUGGUCGGUUAUCCCAGCUGGAGUACAAUUAGAACAGAAUUUUACUUUGACCUAGAAAAUUAUUUGAAUCAAUGCUUGCUUGUCUUUAUCUUGCUGUUAGUCAGGAUUAAAUCUUUUAUAAAUGUUUUAAAUAGUAUCAACUUAGUCAAGAUGCUGAAUUUGCAAAAGAGGCAAGCACUGUUGGAAAAUUCUCAAUGUCUGGUUCUGAGAAGCUGGGACACUUUAAAUUCAGCUGUGAUUGUGUCCUGCUCCUAAAACACAUUUGCCUUGUGGUGAUAUACAAUUAGGGAGUUAAAUUUCAUUUCUUUAAAAUGAUUUUCCACAAAUGGUGAAUAAUCAUAGUAUUUCCUCUAAAUUUUAAUACAUUUCUGUAGUUUAUAAAUGAAUAAAAAUUAAGUGGUUUAGACCUGUCUAGUGGCCUUAUAUGA